AUGAUCAUGCACCCGUGGAACGACCCGGUCGUCUUGCGUCGGAGCUGGUGCGUCUUUGAGGUCUACGUCGCUGUGACCAUGAAGGCGCGGUUCGAGAUGGCCAUGGCACCCGGUCAACUGGGGCUCCUCGUUCACGAUAUACUUCGUCCAACAGCGCUCAAGGAUAUGUUGGGGACGAUCAAGAGCGAGGCGUCCGAGACCACCGUGCCAAGUGAUCGCGACGGCAUCUUUGAGCUCAUUCGCGCCGAGACGUCGUUCACGGCCGUCGAUCGGCUCAUCUUUUCGACCAUUUUGGACUGGAUGAAGCGGACGCUGACGGCGCAGAUCGCAUCGGGUCUCUCGCCACUCGAUGAAGCCCACCGGUAUCUCUGUCUGGCCAGUAUUCACGCGACAGAAAUGAGAAUCCCCGACGUCGUCACCGCUGCGAGUCGGGCCCGCUUGCUCUUCGAAUCCCUCAGCAUAUGCGACAACCACUACGCCCGCGUGAUGACGUUCUUGGGCCGUGGGUAUCUGGAAAUCGGCGAGCCAGAGACCACGUGGCGCACAAUCUUUGAGAAUCUUUUGGCCCUGGACGGCCUCGAACCCGCGACCGUUUGCUCCGUUCGGAAUGCUUACGCCAACGCUAUGGCGAGCGCCAAGUGCAUCGAUGAGGCCCGCGACAUUUCUCGUGGGACGUACGACAUUGCAAUGACGCACCUCGGGCCGAUGCAUCGAGAGACAGCGUCCGCCACGUCCAUCCUCGGCAUGACCAGCUAUAUAAAAUGCUACUACGACGAAGCGAUGCAGUGGUUCCGCAAGGCCCUCGACGCGCAGCUUUCACAUUUGGGGGCGGACCAUCCCCACACACUGCUCACGCGCGACUACCUCGCGCUAAUUUGUUUCUACCGCGGCCAACUCGUCGAGGCCCGAGACCUCUACGAAGAGAUCACCUCGCGGACGCUCUCUGGCGUCUGCUCUGCGCCCGCGACAUCGAGCUACAUCGCCUUGAUGUCCCUUCUCGCCAAGCUCUACUGGUCCAGAGGCGACUACGACGACGGCAAGCGCUACCUAGAGAUGUCCCUGACGUGGCGUCUUGCAAACUUGCCACCCGGCGACGCCGGCGCCAGCUUAAGUGCGUCGGCGCUGUACCGGUUCCUCCUCGACCCCACCUUUGCCAUGUACAGCCCAACAAGCGAUGAGGCGUGGGCCAAGGUCGUCGCCUUCUUCGACCACAACGAGCUGGAGACGGAAGUGUGGCAUGGUGAGACCUGCUACGGCUGCAGCCAGCCGAUGCAAGGGCUGUGGUUCGAGUGCGCCACGUGUCCUGCGUACGCCUUCCAGUUUUGCAGCCAUUGCCUGCGUCAAGGCAAGUCGUCGACGUUCUGCAACCACGACACAGGCAGCUUCAAGUGCUACGUGCCACCGCGUCGGUAUCUUCUCGAGCAAGCGCUGGUCGCCAGUGCGACGGAUCAAGCGACAGCGACCUUGUGGCGCGACUACCAGACAUACUGCACUGCCAACAAGGUCCCGGUCGACGAGCAAGCGCCUUUUGCCAGCUACGCGCCGAUCGCAACGCGCACCUGGCAUCCGAUGCUGUAA